AUGCCAUGGUCCCAUCAUUCCCACUCGGGCCAAUUCUGCGGUCAUGCCACCAACACGUUGGAAGAAGUCGUCCAGACCGCCAUCUCCAAGAAGAUGUCUACGUUCUGCGUGACAGAACACAUCGCCCGACAGGAAUCUGACUUCUACCCAGGAGAAGGCGAUGUCCAUACACAGAAGACCUUGGCCAAGCUCUACGAUGACUUCUACCAUGAAGCUCGACGGCUUCAGCAGAAAUACGCCGACCAGAUACAGUUGCUCAUUGGUUUCGAGGGCGAAUGGAUACGGGACUACUCCUUGGGCUUGAUACAGGACCUGCUGGAGAAGUACGAGGUCGAUCUGUUCGUAGGAAGCGUGCAUCAUGUGCACACCGUGCCCAUCGAUUACGACGUGGCCAUGUACCACAAGGCUCGCGAUGUCGCUGGCGGCUCAGAUGAGCGCAUCUUUGAAGAUUACUUCGACUCGCAGUUUGAGAUGCUCAAGGCCUUGAAGCCACCGUUGGUCGGACACUUUGAUCUCAUUCGCUUGAACAGCGAUCAGCCAGAUCGCAGCUUCAAGACUUGGCCCGUAGUGUGGGAGAAGAUCUUACGCAAUCUGAAGUUUGUCGCUGAGUAUGGUGGUGUACUGGAGCUGAACUCCAGUAGCUUGAGGAAAGGAAUGACUGAGGCAUACCCUCAAAGCGAGAUUUGCAAGGAGUUCAAAGACCUGGGCGGCCGCUUCACCUUCUCAGACGACAGCCACGGCGUCCACCAAGUCGGCCUGAACUACGACAGGACUUGGAACAACGUAAUGCGUGCCGGCAUGACCGAGCUCUAUUACCUGGCGCCUAUCGCGGGAGAAGAGAAACCUCACGAUCCGCGGUUCCCGCGUGUUUGCUGGCAGCGCAAGUCAGUCUUCGCCGUCAAGGAACAUCCGUUCUUCCAAUCGUGA